AUGUUUGUCGGUGUGUUCUACGGCCUUGCCGCCGUAUGUGGGCUCCUUUAUUUCUAUACUCGAUCGGCGACCGAGACAAAUGAUGAUCCAAAAUUCAAGUCGUUUCAGAGGACCUAUCUUAUUGUGUACAUGAUGGCAGUUGCCGGUGACUGGCUCCAAGGUCCUCAUGUCUACGCCCUCUACGAAUCGUACGGUAUGUCGAAGCAUCAGAUCGAGAUCCUCUUCAUCGCCGGAUUCGGAUCGAGUCUGAUCUUCGGAACGUUCAUCGGAUCGAUCGCUGAUAAGUUCGGUCGUCGUAACAACUGUCUGAUGUAUGCGAUAUUGUAUGGUGGAGCGUGUAUCACCAAGCACUUUGGAAACAUGCCAGUUCUGAUGAUCGGCCGGUUUUUGGGCGGUGUCGCCACGUCGAUUCUCUAUUCAGCGUUCGAGUCGUGGCUGAUUUUUGAACACAAUACGCGCGGCUUCUCCGACUCCCUUCUCGGAACCGUCUUCUCCAAUGCGGCUCUCGCCAACUCCCUCAUCGCCAUCAUUUCUGGAGUCGCUGCUCAGUUUGUAGCAGAGCGAUUCGGUUUUGUGGCACCAUUCGAUUUGGCGCUCUCCGUUCUGCUCAUUAUGGGAGUGAUCAUUAUGAACACGUGGCCCGAGAACUAUGGAAACGAGAAGGCGCCGAUUAAGGAGUCGUUCGAGAAGGCUACGAAGGCGAUUAAGGAAGACCCCAACGUUUUCUGCCUGGGUCUCGUUCAAUCGCUAUUCGAAGGCUCCAUGUACACAUUCGUACUCGAGUGGACACCCGCUCUAUCCCGUGCCGCUGGAGACGUCGGCAUCCCGCACGGCUACAUUUUCGCCGCUUUCAUGGUAGCUACCAUGAUUGGCUCAUCGGUCUUCAAACUACUCCAACAACACGAACGUCCCGAGAGCUUUAUGCGUUAUGUGCUCUUGUUGGCCGCCGUUUGUCUGUCUAUGCCAAUUGUUGCUCCGGACAACCUGGCGCUCGUUUUCGGAGGAUUCUUGGUUUUCGAGAUGUGCUGCGGAAUCUUCUGGCCAUCAAUGGGAUGUCUACGUGGCACAUACGUCUCCGAAGAGACUCGCUCGACGACGUUGAAUCUCUUCAGAAUCCCGCUGAACCUCAUUGUGAUCUUCAUUCUCUGGCAGAACUUUGCAAUGAUCUCAAUUUUCAAAUUCUGCGUUUUCUUCCUGUUCGCCGCUUCCAUCGCUCAACACGCUCUCUUUUUAAGAACCGAGCACACACCACGUCAUCAAAAGUUGCCAAUCACCGUCACUGAUGAGGACGAGAAUAUGUAA